AUGGCAAGCGGAGAUGCGUCCGCAUUUCAGUUAGCCAACAACCCCCCCACGUACGGAUCCGUUGACGACGACGUGAACGCGCCGCCGAUGACGACCGACGAUUUUGGGCGUUCGACCGGCAACCGUUUACUGUACUGCAUACACGGAAAACCGUCCGGUUGUUGCACCACGUUGGUGUCGACUGAAGCCAAGAAUCCCGAACACGGGAUACCCGAUCAGCCCGUCAGGAAACCGUCCGUCACGAUAUUAAACGAGCACUGUCACCCGGACCGGGAGACGACGUCCGCGGACCGCAAAAAGGCCAGGCGGAAACUCGUGUUCGCCGGCGCGCUGUGUCUGAUUUUCAUGAUCGGAGAGGCGGUCGGCGGAUACCUGUCGAGCAGUCUGGCCGUAGCCACGGACGCGUCUCAUAUGCUCACGGAUUUCGCCAGCCUCAUGAUAUCGCUGUGCGCCCUGUGGGUGUCCUCGAGACCGGCCACGCGGGCCAUGCCGUUCGGAUGGUACAGGGCUGAAGUGCUGGGGGCGCUGACGUCCGUCCUCCUGAUCUGGGUGGUCACCGGCGUGCUGUUGUACUUGGCCGUGGAACGCAUCAAUGACACGUCGUACACCAUCGACGCCGACGUCAUGGUCGUCACGUCCGUCGUCGGUCUGUGCGUCAACGUGGUUAUGGGCCUGACGCUGCACCAGCACUCGCAUUCGCACGGCGGCGGUCUCGAGGCGCACGGCCGUCAAGAGACUCCGGGUUCGAAUAGCGCAAACUGCAUCAACGUCAGGGUGGCUUACAUCCACGUCCUCGGAGAUAUUAUUCAGAGUGUCGGGGUCUUGGUGGCCGCCGUAGUCGUGUACGUGAAACCCGAAUGGAAAAUCGUGGAUCCGUUGUGUACGUUCUUGUUUUCCGCGCUGGUGUUGGUCACCACGUUAAAUAUACUCCGGGACACGAUGAUCGUGCUGAUGGAGGGCAUGCCGAAAGGCGUGGAUUUCGUGGACGUACUGGAGACGAUCAUGGGCAUCGCCGGUGUGGUCAGGGUGCACAACCUCAGGGUGUGGGCUCUGAGCCCCGACAAAAUUGCCUUGGCCGCUCAUCUGGCAGUCGAGCCCGGCGUCAAUACGACCGCGGUGCUCAAAGAGGCGUCGCGGAGAAUGUACAAAAAAUACAAUUUUUUCGACUGUACGCUGCAGAUCGAAGAAUACGAUCCGCAAAUGGAAAUCUGCAAAGAUUGCCAGCCGCCAAAGUGCUGACGACGACAUUGUGUAUUACGUUCUUACGUUAUUUAUGUACACUGUAAUAUACGUAUCAUAUUAUACAAUAGAAUUGUUUGUUUAAGAUUUAUUAAGUUAAAAAAAGCGGAUUGACCAUUUUGGUGACCGAUUU